AUGGAUACUGAUGUUACAUUGCCAGAGCCGCUGAAAACAGAAAUAGAGGAAAUAGCUCUAAAAUCAGGUAUUGAUGUGCGAGAUUAUGCUGCCCAAGUUGAGUCGGAGUUGGUGAAAAUAGAAGAAUCACUAAUAAAGACAUAUAUAACUGUCAGUCCUGAAGUGGCUAAUUUGCAUAAUCAAAUUGCUGCGUGUGAUGCAAUCUUAGAGAGAAUUGAGGGUAUAUUAACCAAUUUUCAUGAAGAUUUGGGCGCCAUCAGUACCGAAAUUCAGGAUUUACAAAGCAAGUCCUUAUUAAUGAAUACUCGGUUACAAAACAGACAGGCUGUUCGCAGUAAUUUAAGCCAGUUUCUUUCUGACAUGGCCAUACCUGAAGAGCUUAUUCGUCAUAUUCUGUUCACACCUGUUACUGAACAAGAGUUUCUUGAAAAUCUUCAUGAAUUAAAUCACAAAAUGAAUUUCUCUAUAGAACAAUCUACAGUGGAUUAUAAAUCGUUUAACGAUGUUAGUGUACUUUUAAAAAAGUUGAAACUAAGGCUGUGA